CUCAAUCCACACAAUCACAUCACCCUACCACAAACCACCACCAACAAGCAAACAAUUUCUAGAGCAAACAAACAAACAAGCAAAUAGGGGGGAAAACAUCACAAACCACAAUGACCAACCCCCACCCACGCGCCCCCCAACCCACCGACUUCCCCUCCCACCUCACCCUAACAAUCACGCCCCCGACGCCCCCCAGCACCUCCCAAAAAUCCCCCAACAUCCUCCUGCUGCUGCACGGCCUCGGCGACACCGCCGCCAACUUCACCGCCUUCGCGCGCGCCCUCCACCUCCCCGAAACCACCAUCCUCACCCUCCAAGCCCCGCAGCCCCUCCCCUUCGACCUGGGCGGCUACCACUGGGGCGACGACGUGACCUUCACGCCGGCGGGGGAGCUGGACAUGGACGCCGGGUUCACGCGGGCGAUGCGCCUGAUCGUCCACGAGGUGAUUGCGGGGGUCCUGGUCCGGAAGUGCGGGUAUCGGUGGCGGGAUGUGUUGGUGUUUGGUUUGGGGCAGGGCGGGAUGGUGGGGUUGGAGGUUGCUGCUGCUGUUGCUGCUGCUGGUGCUGGUGGUGUUGGUUCUGGGCGACAAGGAGAAGGAGAGCGUGCUGGUGCUGGUGCUGCUGCUGGUGCUGCACUGGGGUUGUCGUCCUCGGCGGAAAAUGAUCGGUGGUUGGCAGGGGUGGUUUCGAUCGGGGCCCCGUUUCCGUUGUCCGCGGUCAAGAAUACAACAACCCAAAGGAAUCGAACGCCGGUGUUGGUGGUUGCGGGGAGGGAUUCGGUGGCUGUGACGGAUAGUGCGGUACGCAGGACGAAGGAUUGGUUUGAGUUUGUCGAGGUUCAUCGGUAUGCUCGCCGCGGGGAUGGGAUGCCCAGAAAUCGAGACGAGAUGUUGCCCGUCAUGCAGUUCUUAGCCAGGAGGUUGAGGAGCUGGAAGGGCGUGCCGGAGGGCAGUGUGGAGAUCUCUUGAAGACAAAAAAAUAUGGAUGGGAUGUUGUACGAUAUUCAUUUUUGUUGCUUCAUAGUGGUACAGUACAUACAGGGUGAAAAGUCUAGGGUGUAUCUAGUCGACCUCCUCGAGAGCUUUGCGCGCUCGAUCGAUGGCCUGUCGAGUCUCAAGGGGAGACACCGGGACCUCCUCCUCCACGGGGCGUCCGCCUCGCUGCACAAUGCCACGGAGUUGGUCCUCCGUCUCGAGCAGAGCCGUGCGACCGUCCUCGCGGGCCUCGUUCUCGAACCAGGUCCGCGCGCUUUCCCACUUGCGCUGCUGGCGGCGCAGCGAGUAGAUCAGA